GUUGUUUCUUUUAACAAAACAACUACGGAGUAAAAAAUAAUAAAAAAAACAAAAAUUUAAGAAAAAGAAGAAAACAAAAAAAGAAAUAGAAAGCGGUUAAAUACGUGAAUAUUUUUAAUAAAUUCAUUAUGAAUUUAAUACAUAAUAUUUCAAACAUUAAAGUGAUUUAUGUAUAAACCAAUUAACUAUAACCUUGGAUUAAGCAAAACAACAGCAAUUUUAAAUAUUGUUAGAACAACAUUUUUUCUAACUCAAAAUGGAGCCAUCAAUAUUGAUUGAUGAACGCCAGGAUAUACAAAAGAAAACAUUUACCAAAUGGAUCAAUUCACAUUUAAUCAAAACCCAAUGUGCGCCGGUCAAUGAUCUAUUUUUGGAUUUAAGAGAUGGCCAUCGUUUGUUGGCGCUAUUAAGUGUAUUAACAAAUACACAGUUGAAACCCGAAAAAGGUCGCAUGCGUGUGCAUCACAUCAACAAUUUGAAUAAGGUUUUGCAAGUGAUACAGGAGCAUGGUGUGAAGCUGGUCAAUAUAUCCAGUGAUGAUGUGGUGGAGGGUAAUCCCAAACUAAUAUUGGGCUUAAUUUGGCUUAUAGCCUUAGAGUUUAACGGGCAGAAUCUAGUCAAAUCACAUUCCAGUAAUGGCGUUGAAAAAUCGCUGUUAAAUUGGGCUAGACAGUUCUGUGAACCCAGAGGUUUGAAGCUUAACGAUUUCUCCACCAGUUGGUCUGAUGGUCGUGCCUUUCUUAUUAUACUGGAUGCUCAUUUGCAGGAAGUAGACUUAUCCGGUGCCUUAAUGAAACAUCCUUUGGCUAGAUUGAGAACUGCCUUUGAUUUGGCUUAUAGUUAUUUCAAGAUAGAGAAACUUUUAGAUCCUGAAGAUGUGCACACCCAUAAGCCGGAUAACAAGUCCAUACAAAUGUAUGUGAUGUGUCUGUAUCAUGCCAUGGAGACUAGAAAGUCUUUGGAGGAGACAGAAGAGGAAGCGGAAGAUGAUAUGCAGGAAGUAUUAUUGUAUAAUGAAAAGGCUCAGGAAGCCUAUAGAGAAACUGUGAAUAUAACCGAUUUAGAUGAAAUACCCCUAGACAGCAAUGAGGAACAGCAUUCCGAUAUUAGUUCUACGGCCAACAGUAAUACGGACUCGGGUAUUAAGACCAAAUAUCACAGUGAUACCAUUAAGAGUAUUAUGGACAUAGAAAUGGAUCAACCCAAAACCCUGGCUACAUUCCUAAUGAAAGAUGACAAAUCGAGGCCGCACAGUUUGGCCACCAAUGCAUCCAUAGAGAUCAACACCUAUCAAGCUGCCUUAGAAGCUGUUCUUACAUUGCUGUUGGAAGAUGAACAGAUUUUGUCGGAAGAGUUAACGGAACCCACCGAUUUCCUAACAGCCAAGGCUCAAUUUCAUGACAACGAACAAUUCAUGUUAAAACUCACCGAACACCAGCAGUAUGUGGGCGAGGCUUUGGAAGAAGGCUCAAAUCUGAUAAACGAAUCUCAAAAGUCAGCAGGUCUUUCGACAGAUGAUCAAAAUGAGAUAAGACAGCAAAUGGUUUUGCUGAAUGAAAGAUGGGAGACGUUGCGUUUGAGAGCUUUAGAUGUCCAGGCCAAGAUACUUAUGCGUUUGGCGGAGUUUCAAACUCAGCAAAUUGAUAAACUUAAGAAUUUCCUUACCAACAUAGAAGAUCGUAUUUCCUUAAUGUCCUCCUUGGGUCCCUCCCUCAAAGAGGCUGAGUAUCAGAUCCAGGAAGCCCAUUUGCUCAAGGAAGACCUCAAACAUCAACAGGAAUUGGUGGAUAGUUUAAGCAAUAUGGUGGUAAUUGUCAAUGAUGAGUCGGGUAACUUUAAUGAUUUGGAAGAUAAACUUUCAGCAUUGGGAGAAAGAUGGUCGCAUGUGGUGAAAUGGUGUGACUUAAGGCAAGAGAAGCUGCAGCAAUACAAAUGCCUUACCAGAUGGCUGGAUACCAGAGAACAGGAUCUCAAGCACAUGGAAAGUAAAGAUGUCACUGAUUUGGGUAGCAUAACGAAGAGAAUGAAUGAUUUGAAUUACUGUGCCAAGGAUCUUUUGGAACUGGAAAGAUACUUAAUAGAUUUAAGACAAAUGGUGGCUGCCACUCUCCAGGAAGGAGAUGUCAAAGGCGAACAGGUGUUAAUGCAACUGGAGAACUUUGAAGACAGACUAGAUGCCCUCAAGCAAAUUGUGGAGGUGCAAACCGAAAGAAUAGAACAAAAAGGUUUUAAAUUUGGCAGAGAUCGUGCUUCAUAUGAUGAUUCACGGGUAGUGAAACCUGAUAAUUGGAUAGAUUUCCAAAUUAUUAUCAAAUUUGGCGAAGAAGAAGAAGGCGAAGAAUUGGAAGAGCCAGACAAUCAGGAAGAAAAUAAUCAUAUAACAGAACAGUCUCCUUUGGCUUGCAAGAAACGCAAGAUAAGAAACUCGGACAAUUUCUAUUUGCUGGAGGGUAAAAUCUUAGAAGCUUUUGGUUUCAUAGAUGACUGUGAAGACCGUCUCAAUCAAAUACAAAGACAAAGUUUGCGCAACCAAUCGGAGUUUCUCAACAAACUGGAAAAAGAAGUCAAUUCGCGCUUGGAAAACACCAGAGAGUUGAAAGAUCUGUAUGAGAUCUGUGAGAAAGAGGAUGUCAGCCGCAAUCUUAUAAUGGAGGCUUCUCAAAUCAAAAAUAUAGAACAGCGUUAUCAGCAAUUGAGGAUUACGCUGGAAAAGCAGGCCCGAGAUUGUGUGAAAUUGCUGGAGAAAGAAAAAUUCUACAAUAGUUUGACGGGUUUCAAAUUGGUUUUGGCCGAUUCUCGCGACUGGUAUAAACAACAUUCCAAUACGGCUGCCAAAGCCGAUCUUGAACAAAGACUUAGUGAUAUGGAGUCUUUAAGCAUGGAAAUCCAACAGGCCAAAGAGAAAACCAAUUCUCUAACGGAAGACUUAAUGGAAUGGAAGCAGGAUUUUAAUAUAUUCUAUGAAUCCUGGAAUGAUAUGAAAAAGGCCAUUAUAACCUUAAUACAGGAUAAGGGUGGCCUAGAUGAGGUGCAGGAGAAAUUACAAAAUCUGCAGGAGUUUGUGUACAAAGUACAGGAAACACAAAUGAUUGUAGAUUCCCUGGAACCCAUGCAAAAGCGUCUCAAACAACUUAAUAAAAUAAAUGAUGAUUUAGACAAUCUCAGAGAGGACUAUGAGUUUAUUAAGCAAAGAAGACCAGACACUCUAAGCUCUGAGUUUCAAGAGAAAUGGCUAAAGGCUCAAGAACAAAUCAAUGAAAGAAUUAUUAAACAAACUACAGCCAUAGAGAAUUUAAAUCAUUUUACAGCCGAAUACAAUGCCAUAAUGGCAGUGCUAAGAAAACUGGAGUCCAAUCUCAAGGAUGAUGAGAAUUACAACGAAGAGCGUAAAACCUGUACCACAGAGGCCCAAAACUCCAUGGAAUUGCGUAAGGUGGAAAUAGAUGUUAUCAGUGCUCGUAAUUUUAGCGAAAUUAUAAUCAAAGAUGCUCAACCCCAGCACCGAGAGCAUUUGGUAGUCCAAAUUAAAGAACUCAAUGAGUUCUUUGUGCAAAUCCAAACACUCUACAAAGAGAAUCUGCAAAAGAAGGUGCAAGUACAAGCUCAAACCGAGGAGAUUUUCGAAAGACUUUCACAAACCGACAAAUGGCUGGACAAUUUACACACCAACACACCCAAAACCUCUAUAGGACAAAUACAAAACUCCAAUGAACUUUUCCAUUUGAAAACCAAAUUUCAAGCUUUAAAAGAGACCUGCGAAAAGGAAUCUGUUAAUUUUAGAGAACUCAAUGAGUUGGGUGGAGAGUGCUUGUUGCAAAUCGAUGAACUGAAAUCGAGAGGAGUGGAAAAUGUGGAGGAUAAAUACAAUAUGUUGGCUAAAAAGUUUACUCGCCUAAAUGCCCGCUGGACGGAGGUUACGGCUUUGGUGUACAAGAAAUGUGCUCUGCUGGAGCAUAUCUCUACACAACUUGGUGAAUUUAAGAAAUUCAUGGUUUCUGAAUCGGGUUAUUUGGAUCGUUUGGAGAAUAAGAUGCGCUCAACGCCAGAGAAUGCUGAUGCCGAGGAAAUCAUUGAGGAAUUAGACGACUUGGAGAAUGUUCUGCGUGGACAUUCUGACGACUGGUUGGAAAAAAUUCAAGAAAUUGGUCAUGAACUAAUUACCCAUGAAUUUAUGGCCGACUCUAUACACCAAGAGAUCAACACCAUUGUCGAACGCUGGACCCAGCUGCAACACAAAGCCAAACAACGUGCCGAAAUACUCGAACAAGAGGUUAACGAAGCCAAACAAUCUGAAAAGUGUGUGGAACAAUUCGAAUCUUGGCUAACCAGAGUCGAUGAAAUUCUUAGUGAACAUUUGGAGAAUGAUGUGACCAUAGAGGAUUUACCAGAAGAUUUUCAACAGCUGGCCAUGGAAUUCAAGGAAAAUGAAAAGUGUUUCCAGGAAAUAGAUGAUUUAAUAGCCGAACAUCAAGGCAAUGGCAAAGUGGAGGCAGCCAAUCGUUUGCAGGAUCAAUUAAAUUUAUUGGAGUUGCGUUACAAAUCUUGCCAAUUGAAACUGAACAAGUGCACGGCUCCCCAGCCGGCCUAUGAAUCACGUUUGAAUAGAGCGGUGGCGGAAUUGAGAAAUGUGGAAAGAUCUACCUUGGUACUGGAUGUAGCUACUGCCGGUCCCUCCACCGUGCAGGUGCAAUAUCAAAAAUGUCUGCAAAUCUAUAGAACAUUAUCGGAAAUUAAGCCGGAAAUCGAAAGCACUAUUAAGACAGGCCGCAAAGUCUGUGAGGAUAAGUACACCAAGUCUCCCAAGCAGUUAAGUCAACGUAUCGAUGCCUUGAAACACCUGUACAAUGCUUUGGGCGAGAAUGUCACACAAUCUAAGAUCUUUCUGGAAGGUCUUAUCAAACUGGCCCAACAAUUGGACGAAUGCUUUGAGGUGGCCGAAGAGUUGAGCCGUAGAUUUGAGGGUCACCAAGAAAUACGCAAUAGAAAUUCAAUAUUCUUGGAAUUUGAAAGUAUCUUACAAAAGUGUGAAGACAUUUAUGAGGAAUAUGCCAAAUCGUGUGAUCAAGUGUGCAUGGAAGAUACACGACAAAAGAUCGAUGAUCUCAAGGUAACAUAUUUGAAACUGACCAGUGCUGAUGUCAUUAAAAGAUUAACGGAAAUGAAAACGACCUUACAAAAUCUAGACAACAUAUCAUUGGACACCUUAAGAGCCAUGGAACAUGACUUGAAACAGAUUAAUGUACCCUCCAAUCCGGAAAUUGAAAAGUUGCAACAACAGGUUAUAGCCAUAGUAGUGGAAUGUUUGAAAAUACGUUUUGAAACUAGCAGCAGUUUGGAGAAUCUACUACAGGAGUCAUCACGUGCAAACACAAAACCCGAAGAUGAAGACACCGAAAUAGUGAUAGUAAGUGAUACGGUAAGACAAAGAAGGGCCCGUACACCCUCCUCCAAUUCCAAUUCACCCACCAAGGAAGUAAAUGAUUCAGCGAAUAGCUCUGCUACUGCAGGUCCACAAAAACCACAGGUGGGUUCAGAAGUUUUUGUGGGUGGUCAAACGUCCCAACAAGUGUUGCCGGAUUUGUUGCCACCACAAACCUUCCGUUUAGCUGAAACCAGUGCUCUCUUCUCACAGAUCUCGAAGAAUCCCCACGAACUGGAAACGGAUAUACCACCGCCCAAACCCAGCAAACGUAAAAGUGCUGAGGCGCCCGCUCAAAUGGUAGAGAUUAAGGUGAAAAAUAUUCACAGCGAUAAAAUGUCGGUGCAUAUGUCUGGGGACCUGGAGCCCCAACAGGGAGAAAUAGUGGACACCGUGAACAUAUUAGAAUCCGUAGAACCUUUUGAGCCCGAAUACGUGGAAACUGUACAAAUAUUGGAUUUAUCCGAAGAUUCAGACUCUUCCCUGAGAGUAGAUGCCCAAGGCAAAGAGGUGAAAAGAAGCAAAAGUAAACGCUCGCUGUGUGAUUCCCCCAAAACUGUGCCGGAAGAAAAUGCUUGGGAUAAGGAUCUAGAGGUGGAGCUCAGACCCUCAAUACACCAAACUAGCACACCCAUUUUGAGGGUAGAAAAACAAAGAAUAUCUUUUGAUGAGAAACGCAAACGUGUUGAAAAGGAACGCGAUAUCUUAAGAGACUCUGAGGAAGAAGGAGAUACUCCCCCAGCGGCCAGUUUUAAACCGCCCAAAGCCAAAAGAUGGCGUCAACUGCAAAUGGCCAUGGAGGAAUUGGAUAAUAGCAUGGCUGAGCAUGAAGCUCGUGAUAGUUUCUAUAAUCCUGACAAGGAUUUGAGUUUUGAGGUGGAACCUUUGGUCUUCUCCGAUGAUGAAGAUAUACCCAGAUUUUCUAUGGAAAUGACUCAACCUUUAGACUCGGAUAGUGAUACGAGUCGCAUUGAGACUCCCACCACCAAAAAACCCAAUGCCUUUUCUAGCAAAAUCUUGCCUCAAUCACCCUCCCUAGAUGAUUCUAAUAUAACCUUGAAAAGUCCCUAUGCCGAUAUACCCAAACCAUUUGCCAAUUCCGGAACUCUGGAGCAACGAGUUUUGGAGUUUGAAAAUAGUGCCAAAUACAUGAUGGCCAAAUUAGAGAAAACUAAAGAGAAAAUUGAAAAGACAACGGAGGGCGAAAGAGCUAUAGAGGAUUUGAAAAUGCUUAUUGCACCCGAUGCUGCCACCUUAAUUUCUCAGGGCGAUUCUUUGGUUCUGGAGACUCAUGGCAAACAGGGUUCCUUGUCGCGUGUGGUCAUGAAAAGUCAAAUUAUUUUGAGGGAGAAAUUCCGAGAAGUUCAACAGGCCAAAUCUAGAGUUUAUCCCGCAUCCAGAGAUGGCUCCAAUACACAUUCCUCUUUGGAUAAAGUCAGCAUGAAGGGUAUCAAUUUGGAAGAGCUGAUCUUUAAGGGCUUAAAACGCAUUAAAGAUUUAAUUGAUCGCCCCUUAGAUCGUAAAUCGGUGGAGGAUUUGGAAAAGCGUUUGUCGGAAAUUAGUGAUCGUCGUGACGAUUUGAAAUUGAUUGUUAAUGCCAUUGGCAAAAGUGAACAAAUGCCCAAAGUUAGUACUGUCAUGAUGAAUGAUAUUGAAACGACUAAAAACAAUCUGCAGUCGCAUGCUGAUACAGUGGAGUUAUCUUUGACAGAAUUAAAAUCGAAUGCAAAAAUUAAUAACACCAAUGGCAGUAGGGACUACAACAACGAACCCAGCGGUACUGGUGCUUUGGCUGGCAGUUUUGAUAAGUCGGUUCUGCAAAUAUCCGAUUGGCUGACGUGGGAACAAAACAUGAUCAAAAUACAAAGUGUGCCUGUCCAUGAUGUCGAUGAGGUACGCAUGGCCAUAGAAAAGCAAGAGAAAGUUUUACGUGAAUUGAAAAUGAAAAAACCACAACUGAAUGAAUUGGUACACACCGCUGAGGUAUUGAAGGGAGACAUUAAACGUCAGCAGUUGCAGGAGAAGGAAUUGAAACAAUUUUCUUUAGCACCGCAUUGUUCAGCCGAUUUGGACUAUAUGCGUUGUUGUUUGAAAGUUACCCGUCUUAGAGAGCACUGGGAUGAGACCUCACAAUGUGUUCUACAAAGAGCGGCCCAGCUGAAAAAUAUGCUCAGUGAUUCACAAAGAUACGAAGCUAAACGUUUGGAACUUGAGAAAUGGUUACAACGUAUGGAGGCUAGAGCCGAACGUAUGGGUACCGUGGCCACCACUGCUGAUAUUUUGGAGGCCCAGCAAAAGGAACAAAAGUCCUUCCAUGCUGAACUCCAUCAAAAUAAACCACAAUUCGAGAUCUUCAAUCAGUUGACCCAGAAACUGAUUGCCGUUUAUCCGGCCGAUGAUACCACUCGAAUUAAGAAAAUGACCGAAGCUAUAAAUCAAAGAUAUUCCAACUUAAAUAAUGGUGUCAUUAAUCGCGGCAAGCAAUUGCAUGCCGCUGUCCACAGUCUUCAAUCAUUUGAUCGUGCCAUGGAUCAGUUUUUGGCUUUUCUCUCCGAAUCCGAGUCAUUGUGUGAGAGUGCAGAAGCUGAAAUUGAACGUAAUCCAUUAAUGUUUAAGGAUUUACAAUCGGAAAUUGAAACACAUCGUGUGGUUUAUGAUCGUCUCGAUGGCACAGGACGUAAACUUUUGGGUUCACUCACCUCCCAAGAAGAUGCGGUAAUGUUACAGCGUCGUUUGGAUGAAAUGAAUCAACGUUGGAAUAAUUUGAAAUCAAAAAGUAUUGCAAUCAGAAAUCGUUUGGAGAAUAACUCAGAGCAUUGGAAUGCUUUGCUGUUGUCACUGCGUGAAUUAACCGAAUGGGUCAUACGCAAGGACACUGAACUGUCCAGCCUGGGUAUGGGACCGGUGCGCGGUGAUUCGGCUAGUUUGCAAAAACAAUUGGAUGAUCAUAAAGCUUUCCGUCGUCAAUUGGAGGAUAAACGUCCAAUUGUUGAAAGUACUUUACAAAGUGGCAGACAAUAUAUUGCCAGUGAACCACCUGUAUCGGAUACCAGUGAUACCGAAGCCCAUGAUACAGAUUCACGUUAUUUAACUGCCGAAGAACAAAGUCGUGAGUUGACACGCAGUAUAAGACGUGAAGUCGCUAAACUUUCAGAGCAAUGGAAUAAUCUAAUCGAUAAAUCUGACAAUUGGAAACAUCGUUUAGAUGAAUACAUGACGAAAAUGCGUCAAUUCCAAAAGGUCUUGGAAGAUUUAAGUUCUCGCGUAGCCUCGGCUGAAGCUACCAAAAACUCCUGGAUUGUACCACCCACUAGUUCGGAGGCCAGCGAACAGUUGCAGCAUCUUCAGCGUCUGCGAGAUAAAAUGACCACUGCCGGUGCCCUUUUAGAUGACUGUAAUGAACAGCAGUCCUUUUUCACCGCCAAUCAGGUGUUGGUGCCAGCCAAUUGUCUGUCCAAAUUGGAAGAUUUGAAUACUAGAAUGAAACUCUUGCAAAUUGCUAUGGAUGAAAGACAAAAGGUUUUGUUAAAUGCUGGCGGCAAUCAAUCGCUGGAGAAUGGCGAAGAUGGUCGUUGUACUUCGAAUAGUGGCCCAAUUGGCCCAAUACCAAAUCUAGGACAAAGUGUUACACCACCAUGGGAAAGAGCUACCACAGCAGCCAAUGUGCCUUAUUAUAUAGACCACGAACGUGAAACCACCCACUGGGAUCAUCCCGACAUGAUCGAUUUAAUGAAAAGUUUAGCCGAUUUAAAUGAAAUACGCUUUUCCGCCUAUCGCACUGCCAUGAAAUUGAGAUCGGUGCAAAAGUCGUUGGGUUUAGAUCGCAUACCCAUGUCGGCGGCCAUUGAAUCGUUCGAUAAUCAUGGUUUAAGGGCACAAAAUGAUAAGCUAAUCGAUAUACCCGACAUGACCACCGUAUUGCAUUCGCUGUUUGUGACAUUGGAUAAAAUCGAUUUGACGAAAUCUUUGGAUUUGGCCAUUAAUUGGAUAUUGAAUGUGUACGAUUCGCAGCGUACCGGACAGAUAAGGGUGUUGAGUUUUAAGGUGGGUUUGGUGUUAUUAUGCCGCGGCCAUUUGGAGGAGAAAUAUCGUUAUCUGUUCCGUUUAGUAGCGGAUCCCGAACGUAAAGUAGAUCAAAGAAAAUUGGGCUUGUUGUUGCAUGAUUGCAUACAGGUUCCCCGUCAAUUGGGUGAGGUGGCAGCUUUUGGUGGCUCAAAUAUUGAACCCUCUGUACGUUCCUGCUUAGAGAGAGCUGGUAUUUCUCAAGAAGCAAUUGAUUCUAAUCAAGAACUUACGAUUGAAUUACAUCACUUCCUUGCUUGGCUACAGCAUGAACCACAAAGUUUAGUUUGGCUACCAGUAUUACAUCGUUUGGCAGCUGCUGAGGCAGCUAAACAUCAGGCGAAGUGUAACAUUUGCAAAGAGUAUCCAAUUGUUGGCUUCCGUUAUCGCUGCCUUAAGUGUUUCAAUUUCGACAUGUGCCAAAAGUGUUUCUUCUUUGGACGUAAUGCCAAAAAUCAUAAACUUAGUCAUCCCAUGCAUGAAUAUUGUACAACGACCACUUCCACUGAAGAUGUUAGAGAUUUCACACGAGCCUUGAAAAACAAAUUCAAGUCACGCAAAUAUUUCAAAAAACAUCCUCGUGUCGGCUAUUUACCCGUGCAAAGUGUUUUAGAGGGUGAUGCCUUAGAAUCGCCAGCACCCAGUCCCCAACAUACCACCCAUACUCUGCAAAAUGAUAUGCACUCCCGCCUGGAAAUGUAUGCUACACGUUUGGCCCAGGUGGAAUAUGGUGGUGGUACGGGCUCUAAUUCCACACCAGACAGUGAUGAUGAACACCAACUAAUAGCCCAAUAUUGUAUGGCUUUGCCCACAAAUAAUGGUGCGGCACCCAAAUCGCCGGUACAGGUAAUGGCCGCCAUGGAUGCCGAACAAAGAGAAGAAUUGGAGGCCAUUAUUAGAGACUUGGAGGAAGAGAAUUCAAGUUUACAGGCCGAAUAUCAACAAUUACUAACUAAUCAGAGUACAACACCCGAUGAAAGCAGCGGCAUGCAACAUUCCAAUUCAUCGGUGGGUGGUUUAGCGCAGGGAGCCAAUGCUCAGGGAGAACAUGGUCAAGACAUGAUGGCCGAGGCUAAAUUGCUUAGACAGCACAAGGGACGCCUUGAGUCACGCAUGCAAAUCCUAGAGGAUCACAAUCGCCAAUUGGAGGCUCAAUUACAACGUUUACGCCAAUUGCUUAACGAUCCCAAUAAUGGUGCUACGCCCGGUUCGGCUUUAAAUUCCAAGCCGAAUACAUUACAAACCCGUUCAGUGACAGCUUCACAACUAAAUACCGAUUCACCGGCCAAAAUGAAUCAACAAAAUGGCCAUUAUGACCAAAACUCAACGGCCAUAGGCAAGGCGAUGGAGGAAUUGGUUACAGUUAUAACGGAACAAGAAAUCGAGCAAACGUUAGAACAAGAUCUUGAGGAAGAGCAAGAACAAGAAGAAGAAAUUACCGAAACAUCAACAAUCACAAAUAAAGCGACAAAAUUACCCAAUGCCACAUCGACACCAUUUGGUUAUAAAAAUUAAUUUUUUAACACAAAAAUUAAUUAUUGAAUUUCAUAAUUAUGGUUCCGAUUAACACCGAAAUUUUCAAAAUAUCAAUAACGAGAACGAAAUUUUUAAAAAAAAAAAAUAAUGCUAAAAAAAACCUACAAAAUAUCAUUAAUAUAAAUUGAAACAAAAAAAAGUACUUUGUAUUUGUAUUUUAUAUAAAAACCUAAAACAUAAUCAAUAUUUGUUGUAUAAAAAAAACAGAAAAUUGUGUAAUAUUCUUAAACGAAAAUCUAAAAAAACAAAUUAACAACUAAAAAACUAUAAAUUUAAAUUAAAAACAAAAACAAACCCCCCUAAAGAAAGAAAAAACUUUGCAAUAUUUAUGAAAUAAGCAAUUUUUGAAAAGAAAUGUAACAGAAAAUAUCAUUAAAAUAUCUUAAAUUAAAAACAAAAUAUACAUUAAUUAACAUUUACACACACAAACAAUUUACACAUACAUACAUACUUAUAAAUAUGUUAAAAAAAACAAACAAAAAAGAAUUGAAUUCUAUUUUAAUUUUUAAGCCUUAAUUUUUAAAAAAAUAUUAUUUCUCUUCUUUCUUCUUCUACUCCACAUUUAUUUUUGCUUUUAUUUUAUUGUUUUCUUCUUUAUAUUUGUAUAUCUCUAAAAUCAAAACUAAAAACACACAAAAUGUAGUUGUAAUUUUUCGUAAAAAAAACAAAAACAAAUAUUUUAUUUUAAAUUUUAAGUUUUAAAUAAAGUUUUUAAUUUAAUUUUACAAAAAAAAA